AUGUCGACCGAGUUCUUCGCUUCGAGCGCAGUGGCCACGGGCCCGGCCUUCUGUCCCCACUGCGGCACGAUCCUGGACCACCCGGACACCAACAGCAUCGUGUGCUCGGCAUGCGAGUACCGGUGCCGCUACCAAGACCUGCCGUCGUUGACUGUUGUCACUUGUAGCGAGGACAAACCAACGCCCAAGUGGUUGGACGCUGAGAAGGUGAUGAGCGAGGUCACGGGUCCGGCCCGUGCAACAGUGGAGGAGACGUGCCCCAAAUGUGGCAACCCCGAGAUGGACUACUACACACUGCAGCUUCGCUCGGCCGAUGAAGGCCAGACAGUGUUUUACGAGUGCAAGAAGUGCGGCCACAAGUUCUCGGUCAAUAACUAA